AUGAUAGAGGCGCCCCUCAUAUACACCCCUCCACCCCCUCCCACACCACUUAUGCCCCCUAUAUAUCACAUACAACAUCGAUGUCUUCGCCGCCAAUCGUAUGAAGAAGUGGUGGACAAGUGGUGGACAGCAAUGCCGGGUAAGGUUAAGGUGCGUGUAUUGGCCGGACGUAAUCUACCCGUUAUGGACAAGUCCUCCGACACGUCCGACGCCUUCGUCGAGGUAAAGUUGGGAAACACGACAUACAAAACGGAAGUGUAUCGCCGAUCGCUGAACCCCUUCUGGAACUCCGAGUGGUUCCGCUUCGAAGUGGACGACGAAGAGCUACAGGACGAGCCCUUACAGAUCCGUGUCAUGGAUUACGACACGUAUUCGGCCAACGAUGCCAUCGGCAAGAUAUACAUCGACUUGAAUCCGUUGCUCAGCAAAGACUCGCGGCAUGUGAUGAGCGGUUGGUUCCCGAUAUACGACACAAUGCAUGGCAUUCGCGGCGAAAUCAAUUGCGUGGUGAAAGUGGCCCUCUUUUCCGACGCCAACCGCUAUCGGCAGUCGUCGUGUGGAUUCAAGUUCUUCUAUUCGCCGGCCAUUCCGUCGGGCUAUUCAUGCGAAGCGAUUCUGGGGUUUGUCGAGGAGUUGGUUGUUAAUCACGACCCGGAAUAUCAAUGGAUCGAUAAGAUACGGACCCCUCGAGCCUCCAAUGAGGCCCGACAGGCGCUCUUCGCCAAGAUUUCCGGUGAAGUGCAGCGAAAGAUCGGCAUUAAAGCCAUCGAUUUGGGCGGCAAUGCUGUCGUCAGUUAUCAACAAUACUUCGAUAUGGAGGGCGAAUCUGGAAUUGUGGUCAGAGGUAUCGGAACCGCUGUUCUCCUCAAUAAAGUCGAAACCAGUCAUCAUUCGGCUUCCCUUUCGGCACAAUUUGCCAACUUUUCAGACCAAUGUUUGUGUCCAAUCGGUGUUGCGUUUCUGUCAGACCUAACCGUUUCAAUAAACCCGAAGUGGUCGUCAAAAUCCAACUCUUCCACACCCUCUCCGCCAGUAAUCCGUAGAACCCCUUCUCCUACUCCGAGAUUCUCGUCGUCUUUAUUCAAACUGUUCCGACAGUCAGUGAAAAAGAAACGGCCGAUCGCUGGCCAAUCACUCGAAGCGGAAACAACGCUUCCAGUGACCGAUUAUAAGCCAAUUAAGCCCUUAAAACGGGUUGCGUCACAACCCGUGACCGCAACGCCGCCCACGACUACACAACCAGACACUCUUCGUCAUGAUUACAGUACCGUUUCGUUGAGUAGGUCUCCAAACCUUAACGAAGACAAUGCGUUGGUCUCCUCUUCGCCGCCGCUAAGAACCACACCAACGAUUCCAAUGACGGCACCCAUUCUGACGCCCAAUAAAAUGAUUAGGUCUCCAAACCUUAACGAAGACAAUGCGUUGGUCUCCUCUUCGCCGCCGCUAAGAACCACACCAACGAUUCCAAUGACGGCACCCAUUCUGACGCCCAAUAAAAUGAUGUCUCCCACGAGAACCGGACAUUUGGGAGUUUACGGACCGCGACGACUCUCAGAGCCCGAUCUCAGCGGUUCCACUCCUAAAGCGCACUCAGGAUUGAGUAAUUCCAGCGGAAGCGGUAGUUCUGGUCGUAAAUAUAUUAUUUCGCCCGAAAGUCUUCAUCUCUUAGAAUAUCCGUUCAUAACAAUGAAGUCAUUUCCAUCAAACCUUAUACUCCAUAUCGGAGGUGUUGUUUCCGCCCGUUCUGUCAAACUAUUAGAUCAAAUCAAUAAUCCGGAAGAUCCCGAGACGCGUGACAUUUGGUGGACUGAACUUAGGAAAGAGAUUCGUUCGCAUAAUAGAGCGCUGGCCUGUAAUGCAGUGUUGGGUUACACCGAAGCCACUCAUAUAUACGAUGAGAUAUGCAUUUUGUCGGCCUCUGGAACGGCCGCUGUUCUCAAAACCGGUGAUUCCGAACACAUCUCUAAUUUGACGACAAAUGCAAACAUUAUGUCUGUAAAUGAUAAGAAAGAAUCCAAUUCUGACGCCGAACACAAUGUAAUUAAUAAAACACAUAAACUUGACAUCAAUGCGGCGCAAAAUCACACGGAAGACAAAGGUAUUGGUUGUUGUCAUUUGUGUCACAUUCCAUACUCGGAGACAUCGGUGCCAUUCCCGGCCACUCUAGUCAAGUGCAUGAUCUGCAAGAGAGCCAAAGUGCCGGACGUGCUCUUCAUGACGAUAGAGCCGCCCAAAGGGAUCCCGAUCUUAGGUCACGGGACACUCAUUCAGGCCCGAGUCUGUCGAUCCAAAAAGGAGUCAAAGGGGGAACAGUGCGCUAAAGAGAUAUCCGAUGGACUUCCAUUCUUGGAAUACGAAUUACAUCGACAACUGUUGAGUAAAUUGAAAGUCAAAGGAAUGAACGGUUUGUUUGGCAUUUCAGUUCAGGUGUCUUUCGGUGAGAAUAUGUUGAUAGCGGUGGCGACGGGCACCGGAGCCUUCCUCUCACCACUUCUGCCGCCAUCGCCUCCUAAGAUAUCGUCCGGAAAAGGCAUUCAGUGCGCGAAACUGAGCGAAAUUCAAGGUUUAAUUACGGAAAGUAUUGCCAGAAAUCGUGAACACUAUAACAUCGCCGCCAAUAACUGCCGCCAUCGCCUCCUAAGAUAUCGUCCGGAAAAGGCAUUCAUUGAAGACAAAGACGAUGACAACGACGACUCCAGUGAUGUCUUAAUGGACAUCUGUACUAACCCUAAGAUAGAUCUAAAUAAUGGCAAUAAAGAAAGUUGUGUUCUUCUCGAAGUGGACGACACCGAAGACGCAGAUAUUAUAUCACUGAUGAUUGAUUCAGACGUCCCUAAAGGAUAUGAAGUGUGUAACAGUGAAGGACUGCCGGGAAUGCAGAGUCAAAUGGUAUGCAAUUUGCAGAUGUUUUCGCAGGUCUAUAGGGCUAAACUCACAUCAAUCAAACAAUUUGGACAUCAAUUUGAUUGGGUUAUACAG